UCUCUCUCACCCCCCCCAAAUCCAACCCUAUAGGGGUCAUACAAAAGGGGCUCUUGACCCCCUUUCCCUGAUCCCAUUUUCAGGAUGGUCCUCUUAAAGACCAAAUUCACCUUUCAGAAGCGGGUGAAACUAGCCCAAACUCUAUGGCUUCUCUCCUGGGUGAGUGUUCUUAUAGGGUGUGUGACCUUUGGAUUGGGGGUCUUCCUAAAGGUGCAACUAUGGAUACACAGCGAGGUGAUGGACAACACUGUGGCCCAUGCUGUUCCCAACACGGUUAUAACAGCUGGACUGGUGGGAGCCAUUCUUGGCCUGCUGGCAGGGAAAAUCAGCCAAGAUUCGCUCGACAUGACUAAAUAUCCACGCUGGAAGCCAUACCUGCUGCCAUAUUUUUUUGUGGCUAUCCUGAGCGGUUUUCUUUGUGUGGCUGCUUUGCUCCUCAGCAUACUACUGAGGGGAAGCCUGGAGGAAUCGCUGAAGAUAGGAUUGAGGAACGGGAUCAGGUUCUACAAGGACACGGACACUCCAGGCCGUUGCUACCAGAAGAGGACAAUGGACAAGUUACAAAUGGACUUCCAAUGCUGCGGAAACAACCACUAUAAAGACUGGUUCGAGGUGCAAUGGAUCAGCAAUCGCUACCUGGACUUUUCCUCCAAAGAAGUCAAAGACCGCAUUAAGAGCAACGUGGAUGGCCGAUACCUGAUGGACAGUGUCCCGUUUAGCUGCUGUAACCCCAACUCUCCCAGACCUUGUAUCCAGAUGCAGAUCACCAAUAACUCAGCGCAUUACAGCUACAGCUACCAGACGGAUGAACUCAACAUAUGGGUGAAGGGCUGCCGGGAAACCUUGUUGAGCUACUAUACUGGAAUUAUGGCCACAAAUGGGGCGGCUGUAACUUUUUAUUUUCUUAUCCAGGCCUCGGUGCUGGUCAGCUUGCGUCUCCUCCAGACGUCCAUGGAUAAGAUUACCGGUGUGGAGGAUUUGCAGACUGAUUCUGAAGGAUUUCUUCUGGAGAAAGGUGUAGGGGAAACCAUCAAUAGUGGUCUGGAGAAAACGAAGGCCCUGUUCAAGUCCAGUACUGGGGAGGCAGGUGGCGGAGAGGCUGGAGCCAGCUAAAUGGGAUGGAG